GCCCGCAGUAGGUGCGCAGUGCCCACUCACCCACCGGUGAGGGCUCUCGGAGGAGGUCGGCUUUGCCUCAGUGUUUGGAACACUGGUAAUGGCACUUGUGCAAGUAGGACAUGGCACUCUUCUGGCAUUCUCGGGCAUCACGCUGCCACAGUUCACUGACCCGCAGACAAAAGAUCUCUUCCUAAACCAGUCACAAACAGCCUUCUUUGGAAGCCUUGGAUACCUGGGAGAAGCUGUUGGGUUUUGUGUGAGUGGACCACUAGUAGUGAAACUUGGUCGUCGAGUGACUCUCCUGGUGACCCUGCCCAUCACUGCGGCUUCAUGGCUGAGCCUCGCUCUUUCUCCAACUGUCUGGCUGCUCUUAACUAGUCGCACAAUUCUGGGUAUCACCGGAGGUAUCAUCCUUACCUCUACUUUCCUGUACAUCAUCGAAAUUGCUCAUAAGAACAUUCGUGGAAUUCUUUCUGGAAUCCUUAACUUAACUAGGUUAAUGGGACUUCUAAUGGUGUCUUCUCUAGGAGUUUCUAAGCUCGACUGGCGACAAAUUGGCUUCGUUUGUUGCGGAGUGCCUGCACUUUCUUUCUUUUGCCUCAUCUUACUGCCUAACUCUCCUCGUUGGCUCGUCACUCAAGGUCGUCUUAGCGAAGCUCAGAAAGCUCUUGUUUUUUUUAGAGGUAAACAUUAUGACUCUGAGCCAGAAUUACAGGAUAUCACUCAACAAAUUAGCAAUGUAGAUAAGAAAUUGAACAGUUCAUGGCAACAAAUGCAGCUGCUGUUUGAGCCAUCAACUGCUCGUAUGUUCUUGUUAUUGAUUGUUUUAUAUCUCAUGGUAAGUGUGAAUGGGUGUCAUAUAAUAAUGGCAUAUUUAGUGCCUAUUUUCCAGGCAAUGGACUCCACCCUUGAUCCAUACAACAGUGCCAUCAUGUUUUACGUUGUUAGGAUUUUUGGUUCUUUAGUUCACGUCUGUGUAAUUGACCGUCUGGGACGCAAACCACUGAUCAUAGUUUCUUAUUCUUUGUGCUCGUUAUGUAUGGUUACUUAUGGUGCAUACUUUUACAUGCAUAAGACAGGAAAUGUUAGUGAUAUGGGAUGGAUACCACUUACAGCAACAAUGGUGUCUAUCUUCUUUUUCGGCAUUGGCCAGCCUGCUUUAUUAAUACUGAGUGGGGAACUUUUGCCUAUAUCUUGCCGAUCUAUUGGAAGUUCAAUGUUAUCCUUUUCAUUAGCGUGUGGAGCAUUUGUAUCAACUUACACUUAUCCUAUGACAGUAGAAGCACUUGGUGAACACGGGACUUUCUGGCUCUUCAGUGGUGCCAGUUCAGUGAUAACCUUCGUCAGCGCUGUUGCUUUACCAGAGACUCGUGGACGCUCACUGGAAGAGAUUACGGGAAAUCUCAUUAACAAUUGGCACCAAACAACAAAACUCUGAAAUUAACAACAACACUGCCGUAGCCUCCCACUGUAUAUAUACAUGAAUAUAUGGGAUGUUUACUAUAAUAUAUACCAGCUGUUAUUCUUUCGCUAUUAUUCAUUUAUGAACAAAACUUUUCAGAUCUUUAUCAUAUCAUUAAAUCCAUUGUUCACAUUUAAUUUCUGAUGUAAUGUAACAGAGAACCUUAGGAAUAAAAAGA